AUGCCGGGCGAAGGUGGGAUAGAUGCCCCGCCGCCACCAUCUGGCUUGGGCAACUUCAAAGGAGUGAUGCUCUGUAAUAGGCCCAAUGAUGACUCCAAGAUGGCCAGCGACAUGAAGGAGCCAUUUAGGUCUGCAGUUGCUCAGACAUCCGAGUUGGGUCUGACUCCCAUGCGGAACUUUGAGCCCACUGUCAAGAAGAGGGGUCCUAGCGCAGCCCUUCGACGGCAUGUGCGAUGGCUCCGAGAACUGCAAGAGCAGAUGAGAGAAGAUCGGCAUCAGGUAGAGCAGGAAGGACAGGAUGAGGAGGAAAAAAAGCAGAAGCUAAAGGCUACUUUUGACAAGCACAGAGAAGCAGUACGCGGCAUGAUGAAAGAACGAGAUGACAAGAAGAGAGAGGAGCAAGCAGCCGCCAAAGCAGAGAAAGCUGCCAAAGCUGCAGAGGCGAAAGCCAAGUCAGCCGAGACUUCGAUGCUGUCAGAAAUCGCCCAUGCUGCAGCAACGGCCAUAGAGACGGAAAAGGAGCAACGGCCACCUCCAAAGGUGUCGAAGCCUCUUUGGGCCAUGACAGAGCAGGAAAAAGAUCACUUUGAAGAAGAGGAAGCUGAUGACCUCAUCAACUUUGUCGAAAAUCUUGACUUCGACAAAUUUGUUGGAGAUUUGGAGUUUCGGCAAGCUCUGGGAGCGCUCAAAGACCGUACUGGAAAACUAAAAAAAGAGCAAGAUGCGUUCAAAGAUGAGCUUCUUGCGAACUUCAAUGCCAGCUAUGAUGAUGACGAUGAGGCCAGUACGGCCGCUGGAAGCGCCAAGCUGGAGGAUGGCGUUGACGGCCAGAGUGUAUUUGGCGACCUCAAGAGCGAGUACAGCGUAGCAUCGAGCAGAAGAUCCAGGAAAGAAGGUCGAGAAAAUGUCCAGAAAGACUGGGACAACUCGACCAAUGCAGAGGAUCGACCAGCGGUAGAUCAAGAGGUGAAGGAGAUGGCAGAGGCGGUGCUGGAGGCAAAUCCAAAGUUCCGUGCGAUACACUCUGGGGCCUCCGUUCAGAAGAUCAUAGAGAAGGUGCGAGGAGACCAAGCCGUUGAGGUCAAUUUGGUUGACCAUAUGCUGACUGUGCAAAGCCUCGCGCGAAGCGUCGCUUGGAUUGCAGUGUGGCGUAGCGGCGUAGAUGGUGGGUGUGGCAGGGUCGUCUCGAAGCGCUGCGAGGCGCUGCGCAGUGAGCUGUUCAAAGAACAGAAAACCUCUGUUGAAUGUGAGAUUAAUGAGAUGUGCAUUACCUUGGCAUACUCUGGACAUUGCUUUCAGCUUGAAAGGUGUGUCCGCCUGGAUCCUGCGGCGGAUGGAGGCCCAUUUUGUGGAGUCAACAAAAUGGGCAGAUUGAGUGUAGCAGAGCAUCCGGGAGGCCACUGUGUGCAGUGGCGAGGUGCCGAGCUGAACCUUCUGCGGUCCAGAGAGGAGCCGGUUGAACGUUUCCUUCAACGUUUGGGUUUGAGCUGCAGCAAACAAGUCAGCAAGCUCCUAAGUGGCCCAGCUCAGUACUCAGCAACCGCACCAACAAUGCGCUGGAAAAGACCCUGCAUUUCUGAGGCAGGUGCAAAUACUGCAAGCUCAGUGACAGUCGCACUCUUUGAUGCGAAUGAUGAAAAAGUAGCUGUUGGCAUGCCCGUGGCAGAGGCGCUGCGGCGUGCCUCCCACAUGGAGAUCGAGGUGAGAACUGUGGUCCUUUGCACAUCGUCGAAAUGUGAAUCCUCCCUCAGUGCAGAAGCUGGAGGAUUCCUGACACGUUUCAGAGAAGAUGUCAACACAACAUGUGAAGACGGGAUGGGUAAGUUGACUUUGUAUGCGGAGCCUGCGAGCAUUACGAGCCCUCGAAAGCCAAGGUUUUGCCGCCCACGCCGAAUGGCGGGCUACGAGCACUUCCCUGAGUUGUUUUUAGAGGGCAAGCGACGCCGCCAAUUCAGAGGCAGCGAAUUGUGUUGUUUAGUGAAUCAAGCCAUUUGCUGCUACAGGAAAGAUAUCCAAAAGCUGGGCAGUGGAGCAUAUGGCGAGGUCCAUCUUUGCGAGGACUCUAGGAAUGGAUCGCAGGUUGCAGUCAAAGUAAUUCGCAACUUCACGCAGGAUCCCCUCUGUGGGAAAAGGAUACUUCGGGAGAUCCGGCUGCUCGCGGCGCUGCGGCAUGAAAAUCUUUUGAGGUUGCUGGAUCUCCCUCCAGUGCCGGAUCCCGACUUUGAUGAUGUCUACAUUGUGAUGCCUUAUUUGCAUUUGGACCUUCACAGGGUCAUCUAUUCCAAGAUGAAGCUUUCAGAAUCUCAUUGCCAGGCAUUCGUGUGCCAAAUUCUCAGAGGUUUGAAGUACCUGCACUCUGCUGGAGUCGCCCAUCGUGACUUGAAGCCAAGCAACAUCCUGGUGAACAAGGACUGUGCCUUGAGAAUCGCUGACUUCGGUUUGGCUCGAGGCCGUUCCAAUUCUGAGGAAGAGCUGACAGACUAUGUGGUGACUCGCUGGUACCGUGCCCCGGAAUUGAUGCUGCUGCCUUGUGGAUAUUUUGAGGCAGUGGACUUGUGGUCCGUUGGCUGCAUCCACUUUGAGCUGAUGGCCAGGGAUGUGCUUUUCCAUGGGAAGGACCAUGUGGACAUGCUGAAGAGAAUCGCUGCCACCCUUGGAUUUUCAAUGGAGAACGAUCUCACCUGGGUGCCUGAGAAGGAAAUGGCGCAGGUCUUGGGAAUGGUGCGAACCCUGAAGCUCCCUGAGGAGCCAAAGGCUUUAUCAUCUUUGGAGGAACGCUUGCCUAAGGCGUCAGAGGAUUGUUUGGAUCUAUUGAACAAAUUCUUAGACAAGAUCCCUACACGGCGGAUCACAGCGUCUGCUGCGUUGGAUCAUCCGUACCUCGCUCAUCUACAUGAUCCCGCAGGGGAGUCCACUGCACCCAGACCUUUUGCUUGGGAUUUCGAUCACUUCGAACCCUCAAAGCGAGCGCUGAAGGAUAGGGUCUAUGCUGAGUGUGCCCGGCUGCAUCCAGAGAUUGUGGCUCGCGACAAAGAGUGGCUAUCUGCCCGCGGCUUCCUGCCACAAGGAUCACAAGGACUGGGAUGGUCCCGAAAAGUCCUGGCUGUCACUGGAAUGACUGAGCUUAGUCGGCUUAGUCGGCUUAGUCGGCUUUGUCACCAGUACUGGAGCUCUCAAGCAGAAUGA